AUGCCAUCUCAUUCUCCUAGAAUAAUAACGUACAUUUAUUACAGAAAACGUAGAUAUCGAUGUUCCAGACUCAAUCCUCGUACAGCAGGAUCAGUCAAUCAGAUUCGCUGUAUCAUUCCUGCUGCAUUGGGAAUCCAAGCUUUAUCAUCACAUGAUAUCAUUAAAAUUAAAGAUGAUCAAAAUGUAUAUGUCGAUCUUAAUGAUAAUUAUCUAAGAGAUGAGAAACCGUGGGAAACGCCGACAGACACUAAAAUAAUCGAGCUAGAAAUCGAAUCAACGGACCAGGAGCAGUCGAAUACGGAACCUAUAUUCGUUCCAUCCAUACAAUCCGCAUCUGAGAGCGAAAAUCAUGAUCAGAUGGAAAUAUCUACAACUAACGAAGAACAAGACACAUCUUCAAUUUUAUCGAAAGCAGAUGUAAAACAUACAGAUUUACGUGAUCCUGUUACAACAAUUGAUAUUACCGGUGAUAUUUUUGGGUCAUCAUUAAACUGCGAUGACCUUGUAACGCUUAUUUUUAUGGCACCACUUCUUGGUGAACCGCUCAAAUUCAUUCAUGAUGUUGCACCACAGCAACGUUUGCAAUAUCCAGAAGAAGAGAAUUUGGGAGGGAUCCAAACAAUCAAGAAUGGCGAUGAUAAAAAAAAUAGUAGGCCCCCAACUUUACAGGUUUGUGGAAUUAAAUUAAUUUUAAUUAAGAAGAAAAUUUUACCAUCGGAUUUAUUCCAGGUUCCUAUUGAAUAUGUAAAAGUCAUAGAAGCUGGUGGACAAGUUGACUUAAUCUCAGCCAUUGUUUCACAAGGAAAUAAUCAGGAUCAAGUGCCAGAUUUCUAUUUAGCACCAUUUCGUGGAUUCUGGCCGUUCGGAAAACAAAAUCGUCCUUCAUCUGAUACGCCAUUUUCUGAUCCAAUGGUACAACGAAUUACGUGUGAACAAAUAAACCCGGUGCAAACUGCCGAAGGUGAAAUAAGUUACCAGAUAAAGUAA